AUAGUUUUGAUCUUAAGACGUGUAAGAGGUUCAUUAAAAGUUUGGUCAACUUUACUUAUUAUUGCAUCCGUUCAAAUGAUAUCAUAAUGUACGACUUUGUUACUUUUUUUGUUAAACUUUAUUCAUUUGGAUUAUACUAUUAACCUUUGUUUAUCUUGCGAACAAAUUUUCUUUUGUGCAAUAAUACUCCUUUGUGCCUGCCUUUCAUGUGUUCUAUUAGGUGUUUUAAAAAAAUAUAAGAAGAUUGCGAAUUACAUGUAAAUGUAGAAAUACAUUUAAUAUUUUUUGAAAUGAAUAAGUGGUUAGUUGUGGUAUUUUCAUUACUGUCAUUCUCCUGCUAUCGAUAUGUGCUUGGUAUAAGAACACAAAGUUCUGUGGAUGCUCACUGUGAGGAGGCGAAAAUCACAGAUAUCGGAAUGGAAGUUUGCGUAAUGAAAGAAAAUUAUAUUGCUCUGCUUCAAAGAGUUGUUAAUAACGAACAUGAAAUUGCGUUCCUGAAAGGACAAAAGCAACAGUUAGAAUAUGAACUUGAAAACACUAGGCGGACAUUUUCAUGCGAAAUUGAAAGUUUACACGAUAUCACUAUACAGCAGGAACUAGAACUGAAUGACACAAUUCACUCUUGGACAGCAUUCAAUGAAACAUCACAUGAGCUGAUUCACAGAGUCAAUGUGUUAGACAACAAAUAUUUGCGACAAGAAAGAUGUGGAGAGUAUAUUAAUAAAUCAGAUAGUUAUAUUAACUGCGUUGGAGGCUGGUUGAGACGGGCAGACUUUGGCGCAUUUUAUUGCUUUAGUAAUAACACACUACCAUGGGACGAUGCACAGAGGGAAUGCAGAUAUCAGAACGGAUGGCUUGCAGAUAUUUGUUAUGAAAAUGAAGCCAAGUGGUUGGCUGAAUACAGUCGUACAUAUUUAGCAACGAGUGUCUGGAUUGGUGGAAAACAAAUCAGUGAUGGAACAUACAAAUGGGUUACUUCCAAUGGGGAGACCCGAGGCAUGGACUACACGCGAUGGGCGCCAGAUGAACCAAAGCCGCAAGAUAGUUACAAAUGUGUUAAUUUAUGGAAAAAACAUCAGUACAAAUGGGAUGAUUAUGAUUGUGAUAUUGGACUUAAUUUCAUUUGCAAGAUUUAUAUAUGACAAUGUUUUCGCUGUAAUGGUCGAUCAUUGCAUUGCAAAUGAAUCAAUGUGUUAGACUAAUGAUACAUUUGGGAGAAAGUCUGUACAACAACAGCAUAUAACCAAUUUGGUCAAUUGUAUGUGAAAUCAAAAUUCGUUUUAAAUAUUCUUAAAAAUCUUUUACUUGGGUUUAAUAAAAAAGAAUAUGAAAGUAACAAAAAUACUAUACAAACUAUUUCAUGUAUUUUUUUCAGAGAAUAAAAGAGUAAUAUGAAAUAUUAUUGGAAAUGUC